AUGUUAGCAAACUUUCUGAAAAAGGCCGACACGUGUUUCAUCCGGUUUCAUUUCACUCUUCCUUCCUGUUUUUGUAUUCCGAUCUUCGAUCGUUGGAUAUUUGAUCGGGAAAUAAAGGCGAAAAUGCCGUCGCACGCGGAUGUAGAUAGGCAGAUAGAGCAGUUGAUGGAGUGCAAGGCGUUGACGGAAUCGGAGGUGAAAACCCUUUGCGAUCAAGCUAGGGCUAUACUUGUAGAGGAAUAUAAUGUUCAACCGGUGAAGUGUCCCGUUACGGUUUGCGGUGAUAUUCAUGGUCAAUUUUACGAUCUCAUCGAGCUCUUCCGGAUAGGUGGAAGUACACCUGAUACAAACUAUCUCUUCAUGGGCGAUUACGUCGAUCGUGGGUAUUAUUCAGUGGAGACAGUCUCACUUUUAGUGGCUCUUAAAGUUCGUUAUAGAGACAGACUUACAAUUCUUAGAGGAAACCAUGAGAGCCGACAGAUUACUCAAGUGUAUGGCUUCUAUGAUGAAUGUUUGAGAAAGUAUGGGAAUGCAAAUGUUUGGAAGUAUUUCACCGACCUAUUCGAUUACCUUCCUCUUACAGCACUUAUCGAGAGCCAGAUCUUCUGCUUGCAUGGCGGACUUUCACCAUCUUUGGACACACUUGACAAUAUCCGAGGCUUGGAUCGCAUACAAGAGGUCCCACAUGAAGGACCAAUGUGUGAUCUGUUAUGGUCGGAUCCAGAUGACAGAUGCGGGUGGGGGAUCUCUCCACGUGGGGCCGGGUACACAUUCGGACAAGACAUCGCGUCUCAAUUCAACCAUACAAAUGGACUCACUCUCAUCUCCAGAGCUCACCAGCUUGUCAUGGAGGGUUUCAACUGGUGCCAGGACAAGAAUGUGGUGACAGUGUUCAGUGCACCAAACUACUGUUACAGAUGUGGAAACAUGGCUGCCAUUCUGGAAGUCGGAGAGAACAUGGAACACAAUUUUCUUCAGUUUGAUCCCGCCCCUAAGCAGAUUGAACCAGACACAACCCGCAAGACUCCUGAUUAUUUUUUAUAAAUAUAAUUCAACUUUGUAAUUCUGGCCCUCACUUGUUCUUCUUUGUAGAUGAAGAAGAUAUAGG